UGGGAACGAAGCGGUGGUAGCUGCGCUGCUCUCGGGUCCCGGGCUGCUUCCGUCUCCCCGUCGGGCUCCCUAGCAGCGGCCUAGCGGAACAACAAGGGAAGAUGUCGGAGUACAUCCGGGUCACGGAAGACGAGAAUGACGAGCCCAUUGAGAUCCCGUCCGAGGACGACGGCACCGUGCUGCUGUCCACCGUGACGGCCCAGUUCCCCGGCGCCUGCGGGCUGCGCUACCGGAACCCCGUGUCGCAGUGCAUGCGGGGCGUGCGGCUGGUGGAGGGGAUUCUGCACGCCCCCGACGCCGGCUGGGGGAACCUGGUCUACGUCGUCAACUACCCCAAACAAAGCCCCGACGAGCCCCUGAGAAGCAGGAAGGUGUUUGUGGGCCGCUGCACGGAGGACAUGACUGCCGACGAGCUGCAGCAGUUCUUCUGCCAGUACGGGGAGGUGGUGGACGUGUUCAUUCCCAAGCCCUUCCGAGCCUUCGCCUUCGUCACAUUUGCAGACGAUCAGGUUGCCCAGUCUCUUUGUGGAGAAGACUUGAUCAUUAAAGGAAUAAGCGUCCAUAUAUCCAAUGCCGAACCUAAGCACAAUAGCAAUAGGCAGUUAGAAAGAAGUGGAAGAUUUGGUGGUAAUCCAGGUGGCUUUGGGAAUCAGGGUGGCUUUGGUAACAGUCGAGGGGGUGGAGCUGGCUUGGGGAACAAUCAAGGUAGUAAUAUGGGCGGGGGGAUGAACUUUGGUGCUUUCAGCAUUAAUCCAGCCAUGAUGGCCGCGGCCCAGGCAGCACUGCAGAGCAGUUGGGGUAUGAUGGGCAUGUUAGCCAGUCAGCAGAGCCAGUCGGGUCCUUCGGGCAAUAACCAAAGUCAAGGCAACAUGCAGAGGGAGCCCAACCAGGCCUUUGGCUCUGGCAAUAACUCCUACAGUGGCUCUAAUUCGGGCGCAGCGAUUGGUUGGGGAUCAGCAUCCAACGCAGGGUCAGGCAGUGGUUUUAAUGGUGGCUUUGGCUCAAGCAUGGAUUCGAAGUCUUCUGGCUGGGGAAUGUAGACCGUGGGCUGUGGUUGGUUGGUUAGAAUGGUGGGAAUUCAAUUUUUUCUAAACUCAUGGUAAGUAUAUUGUAAAAUACAUAUGUACUAAGAAUUUUCAAAAUUGGUUUGUUCGGUGUGGAGUAUAUUCAGCAGUAUUUUUGACAUUUUUCUUUAGAAAAAAAGGAAGAGCUAAAGGAAUUUUAUAGGUUUUGUUACAUAAAGGGUUGAAAUAUUGAGUGGUUGAAAGUUGAACUGCUGUUUACCUGAUUGGUAAACCAACACACUACAAUUGAUAUCGAAGGUUUCUCCUGUAAUCUCUUAUCCCUGGACUUGUCAAGUGAAUUCUUUGCAUGUUCGAAGUGGAAACCAUUGGUUUAGAACUACAUUCUUUUCUCCUUGUUUUCAUUUGAACCCCACCAUACGGAUUUUUUCCUUAGGAAAGUCUUCCUCUCGGGAGAUCAUGGUGUCACGCAGUGUUUGGUUCUUUUGGUUUUGUUUUUAACACUUGUCUCCCCUCAUACAAAAGUGCGAUAUGAAGCCUUCAUUUAAUCUCUGCAGUUCAUCUCAUUUCAAACGUUUGUGGAAGAAGCACUUCACUGAACGUAGUGCUGUAAACAUUCUGCCAUAGGAAUACUUGUGUCUACAGCUUUCUCUUUCAAGAAUUGGUCGUCACGCCGCGCGGGCUGCGUCUCUGACGGUGGGUGUCCCAUUUUUAUCCAGUACUCUUUAUUUCAUGGAGUCGUAUCAACGCUGUGAACGCAAGGCUGUGAUAUGGAACCAGAAGGCUGUUUGAACUUUUGAAACCUUGUGUGGGAUUGAUGGUGGUGCCAAGGCAUGAAAGGCUAGUAUGAGCGAGGGAAGGAGAGCGCGUGCAGAGACUUGGUGGUGCAUAAUGGAUAUUUUUUAUCUUGGCGAGAUGUGUCUCUCAAUCCUGUGGCUUUGGUGCGAGAGUGUGCAGAGAGCAAUGAUAGCAAAUAACGUACGAAUGUUUUUUGCAUUCAAAGGACAUCCACAUCUGUUGGAAGACUUUAAGUGAGUUUUGUUCCUAGAUAACCCACGUUAGCUGAAUGUGUUAAGUGAAACGAUACUUGUAUCCCCUGCCCCUUUGUCAACCGCUGUGAAUGCUGUAUGGUGUGUGUUUCUCCUGUUACUGAUCGGCAAGUGUGGUCAUGUGAACUGAAGCUGCUGGGGUGAGAACAUGGACUGAGCUUGUGCUGUGCUUUGCAGGAGUACUUGGGAGCAGAGUUCCCCAGGGAGCUCAGGUGGCUCCAAGAAGGGUGGAAGUUCCAAUGUCUGUUAGCUACCCAUAAGAAUGCUGUUUGCUGCAGUUCUGUGUCCUGUGCUUGGAUGCUUUUUAUAAGAGUUGUCAAUGUUGGAAAUUCUUAAAUAAAACUGAUUUAAAUAA